AUGAUUUCGCCAAAGUACUCAUUAACUCACUAUUACUUAGGUACAAAAACCUUAUCAACAGCAAAACAAGCACCUCAUGUAGUAAAUUUAUAUCUUGAUUAUAAUUGUCCAUUUAGUGCAAAAUUAUUCUUAAAAUUAUAUUCAAAAGUUAUUCCACAAUUACAAUCUCAAAAACCAGAUCAAUUUCAAUUCGUUUAUGUCAAUGUAAUUCAACCUUGGCAUACUAAUUCUACAUUAUUGAAUGAGUUCUCAUUGGCUUAUUCUAAAUUGUUGAGGGAACAACAUCAAGGAAAUGAACAAGAGAAAUUUUGGAAUUUAAGUAAAGUCUUGUUUGAAAAUAAGGAGAAAUUUUAUGAUAAUUCAAACAUUGAUUUGAAUAGAAAUGAGAUUUAUAAACAAAUAUAUGAUGUUGUUUCAUCUAAAUUGGAUUUAGGAGUUGGAAAAGAUGAAUUAUUGAAUGAAUUAAUAAUUAAAGCUGGUGGUGAACCUUCAAAUAGUGGGAAUGGAGCUACUACAGAUGUAAAAUAUUUUACUAGAUAUUUAAGAACUGUUGGAGUUCAUGUUACACCUACCGUUACCGUUGAUGGGAUAGUUGAUGAUUCUGUAUCUAGUGGAUCAAGUGAAGAUGAAUUAGUUAGAGUAUUUGAAAAUAAACUUUAA